GAUAUGGAAAGACACCCCAGUGUCAUCAGCAUGGAGCAGGAGAAGGACACCAACACAUCUGCUUGGAGCCACUUGCCCUUGGAGGGUAGAAGAAACCACCACGGACUUAUCCAGUGCUGUAAUGUUGAGCAAAUACACGGCGGGGGAUGGGAGGGAAAGAGGCGCGAAUGAUUCAUGUCCUGUGGAGCAAGGCAGAUCUGAAGAGGCAAAGGUGGUGAGGAGCAGGCUGAUAUGCCAGGACCAUGGUGACACCCGAGCCUGUGCCAUGGACCAUGUCUGAUCUGUGGCCCUGCUGCAGCCACAGUCUGUGUUGAUUUCCCGGGCUCCUGCUACCAUCAAAGGCUAUGAGAAUCGGGCUGUACAGAGUUGGUCUUGUCCCUCGCUGGCUGCAGCACUCAGGAGAGCAGGCCCUGCACCUCACCACAGCAGAGCGGAUCCUGGUGGUGGGAUUCCAGGUCUGGGGGCAAAGUCAUCAUGGAGAAGACUUGGCAGCAGGCAGAGAAGGCAUGGUGGCAGGAACAGAAGAGAGCUGAUCACAUGUACUGCACAGAGGAAGCAGAGAGAAAACAGCACCCUCAGUGAUCCCUCAAAGCCCACUCCCACUGAUCAUUUCCUCCAGCAAGGUGCCACCUCCUAAAGAAUCUGCAAUUCUCCCACAAGUGCCGAGAAGUCAUGCACAUGAACACAUGGGGACAUUCAUAUACAACCCACAAGAGAUACGACAGCCAAAGAAGGGACACAGAAGCUGGGCGGAUCAAAACAUGAACCAGUACACAGAGCCUGUUACAAAGCAUUUUGCUCUGUCCUUAAGAGACAAAUGAUACGAAUCAAAGUCCACAGCCUUGAUCAAUCUUUGGUUUGGUACGCCAACAUGAAAAUAAGAUUCGCUUGUUAAAGUUUUACAGGUUGACCUGGUAGUCCCAUCCACUUGUCUCCAUGAAUCCCAGGCUCUAAAUCCCAAAAUGCUUGUCAAGAAGAAUAGCACUAAUGUGGAAAAAAAAAAAAAGUGAAGAACUUUCAGCAUGGAGCCGUGACAUUCAAAGCAGACAUCUUAAAUUUUUUCCAUGAGAGGAAUGGGGAAAAAAGAAAGGCUUCAAGUCCAAGCAACUCACAUAAGUCAUAUUGAAGGCAAAGUAGUCAUGUCUGUUACAGACUUCGCCAACGCCGAGGAAGACCUAGCCUUACGCGGUGGCCCAGAGCAGCAGAGGACAGGGAGACAUUCCAGGUGUCUCCAAGCUGGCAUUUGCUUGCUUCUGGUGGAACUGUGUGGGAAGUUUGCCUUCUUUGAAGUCAUCUGCAACAUGAUCCCCUUUUGCACAGUCAAGCUUGGCUACUACAACCACCAGGCAGCCAUUCUUAACCUGUGCUUUGUUGGCGCCUCAGUCCUCAGCCCUGGGUUUGUUGGGUGGAUGGCAGACAACUACGUUGGAAGGAGCAAACUGCUGCAUAUAUCCUUACUGCUACAUUUUCUAGGCACUGCUUUGUUAUCCAUGAUUGCUUUCCCCUUGGAAGAUUUUUACGGAAGCUCUUACCCUGUGGUCAACCACGUGCCUGUGGAAGAACGGGCAGGAAUGUUUCACACAGCACUGCUGACCCUCUGCCUGGGCACAGGAGGAAUAAUGGUUGUCAUCUGUCCAUCUGAUGCUUACAACCCUCAGGAACACGAAUCCAAGAAGCCAAGGUCUUUUUUUAACUGGGUCUCCUGGUCUACGAACCUGAAUGUAGCGGUUGUCUUUCUGGGAAUUGCAUGCAUCCAGCACUCUGGGGCUGGGGCCGUUGUGGUUCUGCUUCCUUCUCUGUCUGUGUUCAUGGCCCUGGUAGCUCUGUACAUGAGGCACUAUGACCUGAUCCAUCAACCAGAGAAACGUUGCUCCCUCCUGACUGUCUCCGGCGUGGUUGUUACCGCCCUGAAAAAAUGCUUCCUGCCAUACUGCCACCUUGGGCGAGAUGGAACAAGUCGGUCAGACCGUGCCAUGCAAAUACACGGUGGACACCGCAGAGAACUCCAGGAGGAAGACACAGAACUUGUCUUCUCCGCCCUUUGGCCUCUCUUCGGUUCCCAGCUUGUAUACAGAAUGUGCCUUAUGCAGAUCCCUUCAGGAUAUUAUCUUCAGACCAUGAAUUCCAACCGGAACUUGGGUGGAUUUCCUCUGCCAAUUGCACUAAUGAAUGCCAUCAGCAUACUGCCAGUGUUAAUUCUGCCUCCCUUGAUAGAUUACUUCAGCAACUGUCUACUUCCCUCUAAGAGAGACGGACCGUUUCUGUCAGCAUGCAUUAUUGCUGGUAACAGUUGUGCAGCCUUGUCUGUGGUCAUAGCCGGCUUCCUAGAAAUACACAGAAAACUCACCUGGGAGCCGUCUCCUUCAGGCACAGGUUUCUCUGUUUCUUCACUGGCCUGUGGCUCUCUGGUUCCUCAGUAUGUUCUGCUUGGAGUGUCUGAAGCCCUGGUAAACCCAGCGGUCUCUAUGGCAAUACACAGAUUCAUUCCAAGCACCUUCAGAGGAACUUCCAUGAAUUUUUUGACGCUGUCUCAUGGAUUUGCCUGUUUCACAGGGGCACUGCUGGUGGAGUUGGUUUAUCUCAUCUCAAAAGGCAAUUGGUUUCCAAACACAUUAAACAAAGGCAAUUUAGAAGGCUUCUUCUUCGUGCUGGCAUCCUUGACGCUGCUGAAUGUCCUGGGAUUCUGGAGGGCUUCACGGGGUUUUAGAUACUGUAAUCUAAAUCAUUGUAAAGCCCAGAGCAUCAGUGGAAGAAAUCAUGAAGAAACUCUUCUCUGUGAAAAGUCUCUGAAGUUUUAUGGCAGUAUGCUGGAAGCAUCGUCAAGUAUUGAUCUUUGGGAGACAGCCCUAUGAAACUGGAUUUGACUCUGACUGGUGAGCCCACUAGUCAUUAUUUCCUUCUUCAGCCAAACACUUUAUAGAUAUUAUCGGGAAAGUCAACAUAAAAGAAAGCCACCAUGGAUGCUAUCUACAUAUGUUAGUUACCAGAACAAUCAUG